AUGGACAUGUUCAACUUCACAUCCGCAGCCUCGUCUUCGGCGGUCCCCUCAUAUGCCCCCGCCGGCAACGGCAACGCCAGCGGCCUAGGCGGCGACAUGAGCUUCUCUCAGAUGCCGCAGUAUCCCGCCCGCAACCCACUACAGUCGGUCCUGUCUCAGGGCAAAGAGCACGAUGCCAAACGGAUAAAGGUUGAGUCGCCGCACUCGGCGCUCGACUCGAUUGAUUCCUGGCUUCAAUUCGACGAAGAGGCCGACAAGUUUGGCAGCUUUGAGAUUGAUUUUUCAAAGCAGUACAACACGGCCAACCAGCCGAGGCCUGCCACAAACAUGACACCAGGAUUGGGCAGCGGUCUCUACGCCAAUCCCACCGCCCCUUUCCGGGAAGAAGACUUCCUCGAUGAUAGCGCCUUUGAUCAUUCUCUGUCCGAGGACGAUGAGUUGUUUGACACCGUCAACCUGAAUGACCAGCUGUCCAAGAUUGAGACGCUGCCCUCGACCGAGCCCCAGUCCUCCAGAAGCCUCUACUCCACACCGUCACUGGGAUGGGAGAAGCCCCAGCAGGGCAUUCAGCCCAGUUCCAUCACAAUGUCUGACGAGAUCCCAAGACGCAUGACCAGCGACUCCUGGGAUCCGAUUCCACAAGGCACCAACUACACGCUUACUCCGGAUGAGCGCCGCCGACUUCUCGAAAUCGCCAUGGGCCCCAGCAGAAUGUCGGCCUAUGUUUCCCCCAAUCGAUUCAACCUCGGAUACGGAUCUACGAUGCAGCCCGGCCUAACUCAGGAGUUUGGCUUUGGCUUUGGCGCCCCGAAACAGGGGCUAAAUCCUGUGGGAAUGUUCCAGAGAAACAACUCUACCGACACAACGGCAUCUGGACUCUCUCAGCAGAAUCGGGAUCUGAAACACAAGCAUCUCAAGAAUGAGACGCCGCCCAAAACAGUGCCCGCGAAACGACCAAGCACGCUGUCGGAAACCAGCAGCAUCGGCAAAGAAAAGACAAAGUCCGCCGAUCGCAUGGCGCACAACGAUGUCGAACGGAAAUAUCGCACCAACCUCAAGGACAAAAUCACCGAGCUGCGCAAUGCGGUGCCAGCGCUGCAGCAAGCCACCGAAAACGAUCAGGACAACGGACAGGGGAAUGCCAAAGUGAGCAAGGGGACCGUGUUGACAAAAGCGACUGAAUACAUCCACCAACUAGAGCAGCGCAACAAAGACAUCAUGUCAGAACAUAAGCAGCUCAUGCGAAGACUUCAAGCAUUCGAAGCACUCCUUAACAACUCGAUGAGAGUGGACAUUAUGCCCAGCCAUAGCAUGACGCUCUUCGACCCGAGAGGAUUCUGUUGA